AUGUCAUCAGAAAGUAAACCAUUUUUAUUGGAUGAGGAAAGAUCAGAAAAUGAAAACCCUAAGAAUGAACGAGAUAAUGCAAAGCUGACCCUGCGAGUCGUCUUCCUACAUAUUUCAAUAGUAUUGUUAUAUACUAUCAUUUUCAUACUCGCCCUACAGCAAUCAACCUGUUCCAUACCAACUUCAGUUCAUCCUCUACCGGGUGUGAGAGUUCAAUAUGUUCCAAUUGCUCCUCCCGAUCUCCCAUCGUCGCCUUACGCUGGGCCCCCGAGCGAGUCGGUAGAUCAAGCAUGGCAUGACCUGUUGAAAGACAUGAAUAUACGGGUCACGACAGAAGAAUUGGAGAAGAGUGGUCAAAAGUCUGUAUCUCUACCAGAAGGUGGUGGGCAUAUGAAAAUGCUUCGACGAUGGAACUAUCGGGAUUACUACUAUCCCAACAUAACAGACCCAACAAUUGAACAUUGGGAUAUCCAUGCAGAUCACUGUUUCGAUAUUUUACGCAGUGCAGUAAUGUGUCAAGGCGACACAACGCUCACAACUUUCGGAUGGGAAAAACUAUCCAAGCCACAGCCGCAUGUCAAACCGACAGAACAUCGAUGCGUGGAUUGGAACGCGCUAAUGGAAUCUCUCGCCGAUCGUGUUGUUGGCGAGGAAGAAAUGGCUGCGCUUGUGAAUCCUAGACUGGAAGGAGGUGCAUAA